AUGAAAGGUUGUUUGUUUCAGGAGCUAGAAAAUGGUCGAUUGUUUCGUAUACUUGCGAAGAUCAACACUAUAGUGGAGCGACCUGAGUUUAAUUUGGAUCCAUCAUGGUCGGAGACUGGAGAUCGUUUUAUGAUCAAACUUUUCCGCGACUAUGUUUUUCAUCAGGUGACGGAAAGUGGCAAACCGUGGAUGGAUAUGGCGCAUAUUGUACAGUGUCUUAACAAACUUGAUGCGGGUGUGUCCGAGAAAGUGCAGCUUGUGUCGCGAGAUGGCAAUAACCUGCUUAUUGUUUCAUACGGAGAUUUGAGAAGAUGCCUUGAGACGGCCUUCAGAGAAUUGUCCACCAUGCCAUCGGUUGUUCCGCGCCAUUAG